AUGACUAUCCACUAUCUCGAGUCUGCCCUAUUUCAGCCUUUACAAAUUGCAAAUGGCCGUAUCACGCUCAGCCACCGCAUCGUCCAUGCGCCUCUUACCCGUAACCGUGGAGUCCCGGAGAAGUCUAUUAGCACCCCCGAAGCGCCAAACCGAGUUUGGAUUCCUGGAGAUCUCGUUGUCGAGUAUUAUUCCCAGCGUGCCACCAAUGGAGGCUUAAUGAUCACCGAGGGAAUCCCCCCUUCGUUAGAGAGCAAUGGUAUGCCCGGUGUUCCCGGCCUCUUCACCUCCGAACAAGCCGCUGGCUGGAAACGGGUUGUUGAUGCUGUCCAUGCAAAGGGGGGCAUUAUCUAUUGUCAGCUUUGGCACGCUGGUCGAGCCACUAUUCCCCAGAUGACUGGGUCGCCGGCUGUGUGUCCGUCGGCUACGGUGUGGGACUCGCCCACAGAAUGCUACUCCCACCCCCCUGUCGGCUCCACUGAGCCUGUCCGAUACGCGGACCACCCGCCUAUUGAACUGUCUGUCGCGCAUCUCAAGCGGACCAUUCAGGAUUAUUGCGAGGCUGCCAAGACCGCUUUGGAAAUAGGGUUUGAUGGCGUGGAAAUCCACAGUGGCAAUGGCUAUCUUCCCGAGCAAUUCCUGAGCUCCAAUAUCAACAAGCGCACAGACGCGUAUGGUGGAUCGCCGGAAAAACGGUGCCUGUUUGUUUUUGAGUUAAUGGAUGAAUUGGCCAAGACUAUUGGAGAGGAGAAUUUGGCUAUUCGACUCUCGCCCUUUGGAUUGUUCAAUCAGGCGCGUGGGGAGCAGCGUGUUGAGACUUGGACUCAUCUUUGUGAAGGUUUGAAGAGGAGCCACCCAAAGCUCUCUUACGUUAGCUUUAUUGAACCGCGAUAUGAACAAAUCUUUAGUGAAGGCGAAAAGGAAGAUUUUCUUCAGAGUUGGGGCCUGAAGGAUAUCACCCUUGAUCGAUUCCGGAAGAUCUUCGGGAACACGCCUUUCUUCUCUGCUGGAGGAUUCGAUGACAAAAAUUCCUGGGGUGUUGUGGAAUCUGGCAAAUAUGAUGGUCUCCUGUACGGCCGUUACUUUAUCAGUAACCCUGACCUGGUGGAUCGACUGAAGAAGGGCCUCCCUUUGGCUCCGUACGACCGAAGUCGAUUCUAUGGGCCCUUUGAGGACAAUGCUUUUCAUUAUACGGAUUAUCCGACUGCGGGUCCACAGUGGAAGAUAUAG